AAGAGUCAUGGUGAUGAAGAUGCGAAUGGCUGCGUCCAAGCCGUCGAAGCUCUACACUGGGGCAGAGUUCAGCGAUUCCCGGGAGCCAAGUCCAGCAGUGAAGACGAGUCUCUUUGUUUUCUUCGUAUUUAUUCGAGCUAUUCAUCCCACUGUGAUUGAUGCUUCGAAGAGCGUGGAUUCUUCAGGGAGAAAGUACUUUGCCUAUGGCCCCCAGACUGCCAAUCUGGCAGAGGUGUUCAUGUCAAUGAUGGUGGCCCAACUCGUAUCAGUGAAAACGGGUGAGUGGCACAAGAUUUGGAAGCCGAAACCAUUGAAGAUUUUCAUUGUGAUCGGUUUCCUCUUCGGUCUUGGAGAUUACUUGGAGAUGCGCAGUCUCGUUUCAUUAGGUGGUGGGGCAUACCAGAUCCUCCUGCAGUCAAGACUUCUAAUCACCGCCUUGAUGCUUUGGGCAAUCAGCGGCCAACGCCAGACGCUCUUCCAAUGGAACCUCUUGGCUUUGGUCGUUUGUUCUAUGUCCGUCUACAUGUGUUUGGAUCUUGCAGCUGAUGAAAGUGGCUCAAGCCGGAAGCUGCUGGGCACACUGAAUGUAGUUCUCAAGGUGACCGUUUCGUGUUUGGCGGCGGUCUUGACCGACAGAUACACCAAACACUUCAAAGACCCGGUCUAUAUCCAAGCGAUCCAGCUGCGCUUGUCUCGGACGUUGCUGCUGUUCUUUUUGGUCGCCUUUGAUGGCCAAACGCUUGAGCAUGGCUUCUUCUAUGGCUGGGAUAGUUGCACCGUGCUGGUUGCAGCCACGCACAUGCUAAAGGCAUGGAGCACUUUAUAUCUCUUGGUAUACUUGGAUUCAGUUUUAAAGAACAUGGGUGAGUCUUUGGCCGUCCUGGUCACCUAUUUGAUGGAGAUCGCGUUGCCGUUCUGUGAUGCGCCCUUCGAAGUUCGCACGCUAUUGGCCGUGCUGGUGGUGAUGUUGUCAGUGAAUGCCUACAUAUCUUCAAAGAAUGUCGUUUCUAAGUCAGCAAAGUACGGACAACUGACGGAGCCGCCCAACCAGCCCUGAAACUCCUGGGCUGAGCAAAGGCGAUGCAGAAAGGGAUACAAA